CACGCGUCGCACGUUUAUUAUCUUCUUUCUGUUCAAGUGCCAUUUCAUUGCAUGCAGUGCAGUCUAUAAAACAGAGAAUGCGUUCUCGGUGGAUCUCGAGUUUCCUAUCACUUAUCGUCAUUCGUAGCGUAUAAACAUAACAGCACGCGGUCAUUAACUUACAAAUUGUUUACGUGUCGCGCGCGCGAGUACAGGCACAUGAGAGCUGGCUGAUAUCGGCGUCGGGAUGCUGGUUACUGCUGGUUACUGCUAGAGGAAAAAAAAACCGGAUCGAGAACCAUUGUAAGCGUCCACGGGCUUUCAGGGUUUCGGGUUGAAUAAUCGCCAGUGCCGUGAACAUCGAAGCAAAAUGUCAUGCAGCUACGCGGACGGGCUAUCGCACUACGAAAACAAAGGAGUGCUGGGUCUCGCAGAGCGAUACGACAGCGUUGAGGCGUUACGGCUGAAAUGCGGUCUACUCGCCGAUUGGAUACAAGCGGCACGUCACGUCGUUGUUCACACCGGCGCCGGCAUCAGCACUGCUGCGGGCAUUCCGGAUUUUCGAGGUACAAAUGGAGUAUGGACAUUAGAACAGAAAGGUCUAAAACCUACAAUGAACACAUCCUUCGAUGAAGCAAUACCUACCAAGGCACAUAUGGCAUUAAAAAAAUUAGUGGAAGCCAAAAAAGUAAAAUUCAUCAUAAGUCAGAAUAUCGAUGGCUUGCAUCUACGGUCAGGACUGCAAAGACAGCACCUCGCAGAAUUGCAUGGAAACAUGUUUACAGAACAAUGCGACAAAUGUGGCAGGCAAUUCAUUCGGAACUUUGCAACGAAAAGCGUGGGCAAGAAAUCAUUAGACACAGUCUGUAGGUCGGAACAGAUAGGUGGUCGUCCUUGUCGUGGCCGUAUGCACGACACCAUCCUCGAUUGGGAACACAACUUGCCAGACAGUGAUCUGACACUGUCUGACCUGCAUUCUAGUGUGGCUGACUUGAGUAUAUGUCUGGGGACAACAUUACAAAUUAUUCCCAGUGGUAAUCUACCUUUGUACACCAAAAAGUAUGGAGGUCGGCUGGUUAUAUGUAAUCUACAACCCACGAAACAUGAUAAGAAAGCGGACUUGAUAAUUAACGGCAACGCCGAUGACAUCAUGGUCAACGUGAUGAAGAAAUUAGGUUUGGAGAUCCCAGAAUAUGAGAGCACAAUGGAUCCAACACGAAACUCCGACACAACGUCCAAGGAGAUGGACUGGACAAUACCGACCAGCAGGGUAAAGGAGAUGAACGUCCUGUACAAGAAAGUGUGCAAGCCCAUGAAAAGGAAACGGAAGACGUUCAUGUACGAGAGAGAGCGGACGGACACUAAACGAGACGCGAAAACGAAGAAGCCGGCCUUUAUGAUGGACCAGGACAUAAAAACGGAGGAUCCGGAAUCAUUGAACACGCCGAAGAUAGAAUGCAACGAUCCGGUGGUCGGCGACAUGAGCAGUAACCCUGUGAAGAUCGAGCAGGACAUCAAGGAUCAACUGGAACCGUUCGAGGAGUUUUCAACGGAGAGUGUCAGCCAGCCGGACCCCGGCUUACAAGUGUCAGAUAUACUGUAGCAUGAAGAUUUCAACAUAUGGUGAUCUUAACGACCUAAUAUUCUUGUUGAGGGGUUCUUCUGUUUCGGAGACUUGACAACAAACUAAAAAUUCGACAAGCCUUUUCCUGUUAAAUCAGAUCACAAAAAUUUGAAGGAUUCAACGAAAAGGGUUGUAGAUUUCGAGAAAGCUGCGACCGGAGCGGUUCCUCUGUUAUAAGUCUGACGAAUGAUCGAGUUUUCGGGCUCUGAAACAGAAAAACCCCUUUAGUUUUCAGUCUACGUUCAACUUAUCCAUGAGUGCAUAUAGAAUGGAUGUUAUCUGCAUGUGAAGAAUGCCUAAAGUGCUACCGAUUUGUUUAUACAGGAAACGAUAUCGUAGUAAGCGGGGGGGAAAAGGUCACAGAGAAUUGUAACAGAAGUUCGGUAAAUCGCUUUUAUCGUCAGAUGCCAGAGAACGCUGCGCAAUACGUGUACAUAUGUGUAGUAGUAAUUUCGUGAUCGCUUCAUGUUUUGUCCGCUUGCCCCAUUACUCGAGCGUGUGUACAAGCGUAGUUCAUGCCCUGAAGGUCAGUGUUUCAGCGACUAACGUUGUAUCAUACUUCCGACCUGCGGAUAGAUGCAUGCACAUCAUGGGUUCUUUCCAUUGUCGUAGUACAUUGUCUAACGUUAUGUACUUAAGAUGAUUUAUUUAGGAUCGUUUGUAACACGUUGAUAGGGAUCCUGCGUAGAUCUCUCAAGAGAGAUGUGUACUUACAGGUAAUGAUGUAGUCAGAGAGGUUAUGGGUGCUGAAUACAUCUGACAAAUGUUAAGAAUUAACUUCAAUUUAUUAUUUGAAAAUUUUUAUGAUAGUUUGGCUGCAGAUGAUACUAAACAAUGCUUGAGAAGGGGGCGGGCUGUGAGCCAAAACAGAUCGAGAAACUAUUGUUACAUAUUUUGAGUCUUGGAAGUGUUUAAAGUAAUUUCAGAAUGAGGUUUUUGGGCCAGUAUACUGUCUAUCGUUACCUAGAAGUACACACAUUACAUAUUACGUUUAAGUGCGUUUAAUUAACAUAUAAAUAUAUAUAUAUAUGAUAUAUGAUAUAUAUACACUGUUCGUGUUUUCUGAAACUGUGACCAAUACUUCCGGAGGUUGUUCGAUUAUUGAUGGAGCGAUUAAGGAAGUUCUAUAAUGAUGUUUUAACUGAGAUACUCGUUGCUAGCUUGGAACGUUUAAGAUUGAGAUCUUUUUAAUAGAAAGCUCCGUACGAGCGUCGAUGUUGUUUGGUCAUUUGAUAGUUAAGUGUCUCUUUCUCGUUAAACGCACAUGUUUGUACAAUCGCAACUGCGAUACAGAUCUCUUCUCCAGAACGAACGUCGAACCAAGCAAUAGAUACGUCGAUGUUCACACAUUGUGAUGAUGAACAAUGGCUCGCGGAAGUGUUCGAAAACCGUUUAAAAUGGAAUAAGUUUUUUUUAAAUUGGACCAAAUGACUUAAAAUAAAAGUUAUAGGCUCAGAUAAAACUGUUAAAAAAACAUGAGAUUUUUAUUUGUACCAUAAUUUUAAGUAAAUGCAAUUUGAGGAAAGAACUUUUUAGGCAUUGUAUAGUAAAUUUAUUUUUUCAAUAUCUCUAAAAAAUUCAAGUCAUUCCGUCGAAUUAUAAACAGAUUAUUCCAUUUUAAAAGGUGUUCGGAAUACUUUCGUAAACCAUUAUUUAUGCCCUCGUGAGCAACUCGGGAAAGGAAGUGCAAAUGAUUUACAAAAAAAAGAAGGAAAUUUGAAUAAGAAGAAAAAGAUAUAUAAGCGAGUCUUUCUUAUAUCGGCAUUCGACGCUAUUCAGUCGAUAGCGUGUUUUACGGUAGAACGCAGAUUAGUGAAACGUGUAAUAUUUAUAUGUACAUAGCGAUGCGCGCUUGGUUGCUCUUAAUAAUUUAUUACUUUAAUUGACAUUAUUUACUGGACGUUACUAUUAGUGAAAUAUUAUAGCAUUCGACGGGAAAUAAAACUAUGGAAACGGGA